GCAACCUUUCUAAUUCCACCCUUGUCUCAGCUCCUCUAGGGUUAUCACGAUAUCUCACCACCAUGAUCGAACUACAAUAUGUCUAAACUCAAGACGCUUUCUGAAUUCACAUGUUUCCCGAGGCUUCCCCCAGAAAUUCGGCAAUUGAUAUGGCAAUUCGCCAUACCUAUUCGAGUCUUUGAAAUCGAUUAUCUGCACGCGACCCUAGGUCCUUCUGAAAGCGGCUGUAGCUGCGAUCGUCCGGCCUGGCCUCUACCAGCUCCAAGGAUAGCUCGGGUAUGCCGAGAGGCGCGGCACGUCUCGCAGAUCCUGGGUGGAUGGCGGCUACUGGAAGCGAAAGACUACGGCUUCAACAUCACCGGCCGAUGGACCUGGUUCGACUCAGGCGCUGACACGUUGUGUGUGUAUACGUGGAAUUAUAGAAACCGGCCUAAUAGUAACGAUGCCCGAUACUUCAACUUACACGCAUUUUGUCAAACCGCUACCAAUAUCUGUGUUGGUCUGUCGUCUUUGACCUGGGACCCAUUGCCGAUGCCCCUAUUCUUCGCCUUCAGACUGGGCGACCGGAAGCUAUGGCCCAGACUCGCUAAUUACAUGUUCUUCAAUGAUACCAUUCACCUGCACCUGCCACCAGAGGCCAUCAGAACCCAGACUUUGUUCACAGAGGGCAGCUAUACUGCCUUGGUCGAUAUUCGAGACACUAAAAAGCUGAAGCAAUGCCAAGAGCUUUGGGACCAGCAUUGCCUAGGUCAUGCCAACGCCACCCGUCGGUGGAUGCCGGAAAUAACACCUAACUCAUUUCCUGGUAUCUUGAAUUCGCCAGAACGCGCUGAGGAGUAUGCCCGGAGGCAACACGACCGACUGCGGAACAUAUGGCUCCAUGCACACUAUAGUGCUUUGCUUGACGGUGACGACAUGCUUCAGGACCGGACGUUAUUCAAACCUGACAGCAUAGAUCCCAGCAAACCGCGGUUCCUCCACCAUCACCCCUGGGCGCGCAAGACUCUGGCCAAGAUGCCUGACUAUCGACUGGUUAUUGUCGUGAGGAUGUGCAAAGACUACAUUCAUGACGCGAGUCAUCUGUAUAGGAAAAACGAGAUGCCUGAGCGCCGCGUGGCUGGAGCGAAUGUCUUACCAGCUAAUUUCAGCUUCCACGGCGGAUUUGAACAAUAGCCGGAAACGGGACGCAAGAGCCGUCACUGGCUGGGGACUGUUUAGUGAAAGGAGUCGGCAGUUCCCAGGAAAGGAAGCUUUCGAUUGCCCAGGAAGUGCUCAGGGGCCAAUGAUGUGUGUCCCAUGUACCAAGCGCUCCAAAAGUGCCCCGAUAUGACAAAUAAUCAUAAU